UGAGCUCCAAUGAACUAUAAUAGUAAUAACAGUGUUUACAUUAAUGUCCACGCGGUUCAUCGUAAUGUGAAAUGUACAGUUAACUCCAUUUUGAACCGAAUUCAGUCUGCGUGUUAAAUAUCUUUACUUCCGGCUUCCGUAGCGAGGACGAAGCGCGGCUCGUUUGUUCUGCUGUACUUCCGGUCGUGAUCUGUCCUCGAGUCGGAAACAACGAGGACUUCCGCCUUUAAAUCAGAGUUCUGUACGAACGAAACCAGUUUAAACCGGUUUAAACCAGUUUACCGUUAUUAGAGUCUGGAUUUACUAACCCACAAUAACAUGGCUUCAUAGAUACACUUAUGAUGAAGAUGUGUUGCUGCUUACUGCUUUAGUCAUGGAAUGGCUGCUCUCCAUCAGAGAGGUCAAAGGUCAACAUGGUCAGACAGCAGGGCAGGUGUUUCGUACCCACGGGACAGAGCGGUGUGACGUGGGUUCGAGUCCCGGUCGACCCCGCACAGAGGAGGCAGCAGGUCAACGGUUCCCCCACCACAGAAGAAGAGAGAGGAGAGCCGGGACCAGAUGGAGGUCCAGGAGAGACAAAGAGGCCGAGACUGGACGGAACUGAAGAGGCUGCAGCUCUGACCAAUAGAGAGAGAGCCUCGGGGUCAUGUGGUCAACCAGCAGAUGCUCUCAGGUCCACACUGCCUCCCCCCAACCAGCAGGCAGCAGGACCCAGUGAUGACAGCAGAGCAGCCGAGACUGUGAGGUCACUGAAGGUCACCAUCCAGCAGAGCAGUGGGAGCAGAGAGUUCAGAGAGACAGACAGGACCUCUGACAGACAGACAGGUGACAUACAGACAGGUGGACUCCACUGUCAUGUCUGUGAGCUCAGCUGUCGCUCUCUGCAGGGGUUCCAGGAACACAUGACCAGAUCAGAACACCUGAGGAAACUGAAGGAGAUGACACACUCCAUCUGCCUCAACACACACACACUGCAGGACAGGGGGCGUCGGCCUGAUGCUCAGCGCUGGUGUGACACCUGUCAGACUCACUUCAGCGAUGACAUCAUCGUCCAUCGAAGGACUAAAAAGCACAAGGUGUGUAAGCAGCUGUGUCGUCCCUUCUGUCCGGUCUGCAGACGACACUUCAGGACGCCCCGAAAGUUUGUGGAGCACAUGAAGUCUGCAGAGCACAAGGAGCAGGUGCACCUGGAGGAGGCUCAGGAGGAGGAGCUUAUCACUGUGGACGCCGUUGGCUGCUUUAAAGAGGAGGAGGAGGAGGAGGUGGUAGAGGUAGAGGUGGAGGUAAAUGAGGAGGAGGAGGAGGAGGAGAUAGCUGAAGAAGAAGAUGGUGGUGUAAGAAGAAAAGAAGAAGAAGAGGAGAAAGAGACAGAGGACCAACCAACCAAUGAGGCAGCUGACACACAGGAAACUGACUCAGAGGAAUACGACCCUGUCACCACAUACGGAAGUAAUUUCGUGCUUCCUGUUUCUGGUUUCCUGUGCCAACUUUGUAACAAAUUUUUCUACAAAGAGACGACGGCUCGACUUACACACUGCAGGACACACACACACUACCUCAACCUGCAGGGCCACAGAGCUCGGAGGAGGCGUGAGGACGAGGACAGAUCUGCUCUCUCGUGACCCGCUCACACCGUAUCCCACAAUGCAUCACGGCUGAUGCCAUCUGUUGUCAGAGAACAUGUCCCCUCUCCGCUGACGCCUGCUGGCUGCUGGAGGAACUGCAGCAUCACGAUUUACUAAAAACUGAAGAAAGGUCCUAUUUUUUUAUUUAAUAAUAUAAAUCAAAUUACAGAAAGCUAAAUAAAUAAAAACAUAGAUGAUGUUGAAACAUUAUUUCAAGGCAUCAACUAACAAUCAUUGAUUAAUCUUGAUAUAGUUAUGGAUCCAUUCCUGUGUUUGUCAGUCUCAGAGAUCAUUAACGUGGAUUAAAACAUUUAAAAUGUUUGGUAAUAACUUUAUUCAUGACUGAAUGACAAAGGAGACAAAAACACAACUUUGUUUUCAUCAUCAAUUCAUCACAUUAAUGAUUUCUAUAAUAAAUUAUCUCAAAAUAAAAUAAUAAACAGAUUAAUGUUUUAAUA